AUGUGUCAUUUUAUUUCUGCUUUUGUUUGCGUUGCAUCUUACGCCGAAUCUUGGGUUUUGUAUUGUAUUCGAAUCUUGCUUGCUUUUAGUAAAUUUAUUUUAUAUAAUUAAAAACGCUACUACAACACAAUUUAACAACAAUGGAUGACCAAGCUUGUCCGCGGUGUAAAACCACCAAAUACAGAAACCCAUCUCUAAAGUUGAUGGUAAACGUGUGCGGUCACACUUUAUGCGAAAGUUGUGUUGAUUUGCUGUUUUUAAAGGGUUCAGGAUCCUGUCCGGAAUGUAACGUGCCUCUAAGAAGAAGUAAUUUCCGUGUUCAGCUCUUCGAGGAUCCAAUGGUAGAGAAAGAAAUAGACAUUCGCAAGCGAGUCCUUAAGGAUUACAACAAGAAGGAAGAAGAUUUUGCCACAUUGCGAGAGUAUAACGAUUAUUUGGAAGAAAUUGAAACUAUUAUAUUCAAUUUAACUAAUAAUAUUGAUGUGGUUAACACAAAUAAGAAAAUAGAACAGUACAAAAAGGAAAAUAGGGAAAUUAUUAUGAAGAAUAAAGCCAAAAUAGGUCAAGAGGAAUUGGAGCUGGAAGAGAUCCUUGAAAUAGAGAAGCAGAUGGAAGAUCUCCGUCGUGCUGAAAUCGCUCGCAUGGAACAGGAGGCGAAGAAACAAAAGAUAAGGGAAAAAGAGGCGCUAAUAGACGAACUGAUGUUUGCUGAAGGUGAUGCGAAGGAUAUACUCAACACAUUUGCUCAGACCAUUGCCAACAAGCAGGAGGAAGCCGUGUCAGUUGUGCCCAAGGUGAGUCAGUUCUCGUCAGGGGUGAAGUUCUCGGUGGGUUCUCAAGCGCACGCGCGCGCGGCCGCGGACGAGGCCGCGGCGCUGUUCCGCUACAGCGCGCCCGCGGCGCCCGCGCGCGCCGGGCCCGAGCCUCCCGCCGAGUCCGACAUCCUGCGCAUGCACUAUCUGGCUCAUGUCAAGGCGGAAACGGAAACAGAAAAAGCCGGCGGUUAUUCAUCAACUCUACCUUGUCUACGGGCGUUGCAGGAUGCGUUUGCGGGGCUCUACCACGCCAGCUGACCCGACCCGCCGCCUGUCAUCGUGUUAGACUAAUUGUAGUCUCCCCGGCGGCCGAUAGAUGGCGCCGGCGUCGAAUUGAAACGCGUAGUCGAUUUGUUUUUCGUUUUGUUUUCUUUCCGAAUUAAAACCUCGUUUAUGCUUACAUUCUGGCUAGGUUGCGUUCAAACGCACUUGAAUUAUUACCUACAUAAUCUAUCAGUAAUACAGUUGCGGUAGCUCAAUUUUUUUUUCCAUAAUAAUUAUCAAAAAUAAUCAUAAAUUUAAUGAUAUAUAAAAUCUAUGGCUGUAUUUCUCUACGGCUACGACGGUUUGAGUUCGUAUAAGAAAUAAACUUUGCAUUUUGGAGAUUCAAUGUUAAAAUCAAUACCGUCCAGGGAAUCCUGUUGCCUAUUAAGUGUCAAGGCUGUUUUAACCCAUAGCCGCCUCUUGCUACAUCCACAGAAGGAUGUUUAGUGGUCCUAUCUCAGGGCGGGAAGCACGCGCCUCAUUUUCUUUCCGAUGUCUAGUCGAAAAUUGGAGAAAAGUUCUGAUAAUUUUUUGUUUUAUUUUUUUGUACAGGUUAUAUAGUUGUAAUAUGUAAAUAUUUACAUUUCUAAGCGAUUGAUGUAAGUAUUUAAUUUGCUGUUUACUCGGAGUUGUUGUCUUGUGAUAAUAAAAUAAGAUUGAGUAUUA